CGGGCUCCCUGGCAGCGUUGGAAAGAAUGUUGGGCGUCUGGACACAAGGCAGCGGCAGCCCACGUGUGCAGGGUCGGGAGGGCAGCAUCUCGAGCGACGCCAAGAGCCGCCCAUCUGCUGAUGACCCCGGCUACGUCCAGCUGCCGAGAGUGGAGGAUGGAGAGAAGGAGGCCAUCGCUCACGGACAGACAGUGAGAGAGAAGGUCGGCUUGUAUUGCUCUUGCAUCUCUACAUCCUCCUCUCACGUCCUUUCCAUUGCAGAUGGCUGUGAUGUCCCGUCAAGCGGCGUCGGCCUCGAGUGACAACGUUCCUCUUCUGCUGGGCAACGAGGAGGGGCACGUUGAGUUGCAGCUGGCUGAUGUCGAGCAUGACGUCCCUUUUGCCCCGAGACUGCUCGAAGAGGUUCCAUCCACUUCCUUGUCCACCUUAUCGAGCAACUGAUGAGUGCUGUCACUUGUGUCUCUUCAUCCACAGGUCCCCCUUGUGGGUGCCCCUGCCAUCGACGAAGCGACCAAACCACUCAGAGACAGGAUCGAAUCGGCAGUCUAUGGCCGCGCAGACACAGCAGCCCUGGAGCAACUGCGGGAGGAUCUUGCCAGUCUGCCGCAUGAUCGAGCGGAGAGAAUGCUGACGACUGGAGACUGGAUCUUCGGAUCUGCAAUCCACGAUGCUGCAGGUAUACAUCGUCGUCUUACGUCAUGUACAUGACGGAGCCACAAAGUUCCUGUCUGCUUCUCAGAUGAGAGUGGGAACAAAUACAGCCCACCGACGGUAGAGGUGUUUGAGGUGCUGCUGCACAACCGGCGUCACCUGCUCAAACUGAAAAAUAGAGUAUCGUGCUCGAGUGUCAUGCUCGUAUCUGUGAGUGACAACUGAUCACUGCUGUCUUCCUGCUGUGUCUACAGUUCGGUUACACGCCACUCCAUUACGUUGCGAUGAAAGGUGGUGGAGAUGAUCUUGUUGAGAAGUUCAUCGAGUGGGGCGGAAAGGACCUGCUGAAAGCUCAGAACAAGGUGAGGGUGAGGAAGGUCGCUCAUUCUCUUUAUUCGCCGACUGGUGUCGCCACUGCUGUCUUCCUGCUGUGUCUACAGUACGGCAGCACGCCACUCCAUUACCUUGCGGAGAAAGGUGGUAGAGAUCAUCUCGUCAAGAAGUUGAUCGAGUGGGGCGGAAAGGACCUGCUGACAGCUCAGAACAGGGUGAAUCUGGGAAAAGAUACGUUCAUUUUUCCAAUUGGCCGACCGUUGCCUUCUGUGUCUCUAGGAUCGCAAGACGCCACUCCAUUACGUUGCGGAGAGAGGUGGUGGGAAUGAUCUCGUCAAGAAGUUUGUCGAGUUGGGCGGAAAGGACCUGCUGAAAGCACGAGACAAGGUGAAGAUGAAAACCUUUGACGGCUGCACAUCAACAUGGGCGAGGCGUUCGUGUUAUUGUCCGUCUGGCAGGGUGGUCGCACCCCUUUGCACUCUGCAGCAGGUAGGGCAUAUUGACUGUGCGGCUUCUGUAAGGACUCGUGUUGCCGUGUGGCAGCAUCUGGCCACGCAAGUAUGUUGGAGACGAUGCUGGAAAUGGCCCCUGACUUGUUGGAGGACGAUGAUUGGGUACAUAUCUCAUAGCACGGCCAAACGUGCUAGAGCUUGUUUUUGAUCCACAGGACGGACACAACCUUCUUGACGUAGCAGCGGGUCAGUCGGCCAUGUAGAAAAAUAAUGGCAGGAGAAGGAGGUUUCUGACUGUCUUUUCUUCUCCAGAGGCAAACAGCGCAGGAGUGCUUCAGGCGCUAGUAGCGAAAAACCCCGACCUGCUGACGAAAGGGCCGUACGUAAGCCUCAAUACAUGAUAUGAGCUGUUGUGCAUUCUACGCGUCGCUUGCUGCGCAGAAGUCGCGCGGCAUCAAGCAGGAGACGCCUUUCCAUGUCGCCAUCCGCCUGAAGUGUGGCAAAGCUGCUGGAGCGAUGUUGGCGGCGUCUGAAGCAAAAGGCGUGGUCAUAUGGUGGCUCGGUUUCAAUAAAAAGCUGCUUGACAGCGUCUUGCAGCCAGACGUCCUUCCCGGAGUCAUUCCCUUCAUGAAACAAGGAUUCGCGCAGUACCUGAGACACCAAUCCUGGUCGGUGGGCUUCGACAGCGUCCGCUGGUGCUCAUUCUUCCGCAAGUUCAUGCAGUCGCGACAGAAGGACUCUCUUACAGAGUAGGGUCAGGGCCGAGCCCGGUCAAGGAGAGACACGACGUGAAUGAAGAGCGCUUGUGUUGUUUUGAUGAGUGUGCAGUGACAUUGCGGGGUCAGCAUCGUGGCUCGAGGUAAAAGUGGAGAACCCAUUCGCUGUUUCCCUACCUUUGGAAUUCAAUCAGGCCUUCGCAGCAGAAUUCUGCACCAAUACACGAGAAGAAGAUUUCCGCCGAUCGGUCGAAGGCCGCGAGGAGAGGUUUUUUGAGCACCUAGAGUCUGCUGAGCCCCUGACAGUGGUCACGCAAGGUACAGUUGCUUAAUUCGGCCUACAUUCCUGUCCUUCAUUGAUUGUGACAGCCAAUUGCAUUAACCUAAUCACGCACCACUGGCGGCAUAUCUAUGAUGCUGGCGCACCACUGGCGAUCAUAGACAAACGAGAUACCACUGACGCUUCCUGGACUAAGGAGGUGAUGAAAAGCCAUGGGACAGAGUUUUCACCUCGGAGUGCAUUCUUCAGCCGCGUGCUGUCAAUGCUGCUGAUGUAAGAACGCACAUAGAAGCCAAUGCAGGCGGGAAGAGACAUGGUAUUCUCGUGUUGGCAGGGUCUUCUCUGUGUUGCUCCACACAAGAAGCAUCAAGGGAGACGGCGUGGCUGCAGCGGGGCAGUCUGUGUGGCUGUGGAGUGCCCUGGCGACUGGUGUUGGCUUCAUUGUGGUCGAGUGGUUCCAAGUAAGGGAGAAUCGAGACAAGAAGCUUAACUAAAGAAGCCGUAUUGUCUUGAUGUCCUCUGCCAUGUACCUAGCUUUUCCGCUUGAAGGCACACUACUGGAAGGACUCCUGGUAAGCAAACGUUCCUGAUCUGAACUUGGAAGGUUCAUCACACUUUUGAUCUCAACCUGCUUUCAUGCAGGAAUUACCUCGACUGUGUCUCGGGCGUGUCGAUCGCCGCCUUCAUCGCCAUCCACUUCAUCGGCUGGUCGACUGAAGCGGAGGUCGGCUCGGGCAUUGUGGUCGCGCUGCUCUUUGCCCUCCGUCUCCUGCAAGCCGCCAGUCUUCUCCCCAACGUCGGACCGCUCAUUCUGUGAGCACAGAGCCACAGACACACACACACACACACAGAGACACACACACAGAGAGACAAAGACAGGUGUCUUAUGCUGUGUAAUGGGUGUGCGUGCCAGGGCUGUGGUGAGGAUGCUGGCGGAUAUCAGGAAGUUUCUGCUGCUGUACCUCUACAUCCUGCUGGUCUUCGCGGGCGUCUUCACCAUACUCUCAUCCGACGAAGACCAUGACUACUUCGGCUCCUACGGCCAGGCCAUGCUCGCACUGUAUGGGAGCUCAUCAGGACACGCACUCGACGGUGGUCAUGUCGCGUCUUUGUGUGUCAGUUUCUACGCCGGCCUUGGCGACUUCAAUGACGCGCUGAACGACGCCAUUGAGAGCCACGACACGCUGGGCGCCGUGCUGCUGUUCACCUACAUCAUCCUCUCAUCCAUCAUACUCGUGAGCUAAAAAUUACGCAUUCGUCAAUGGACGCGCACACCCAAAGAGUCUCUUUCCUGUCUUUCUCCGUCCGCAUGCAUCAAUAGCUCAACCUCCUCAUCGCCAUUAUGGUGAGACACACACACCAAAUAUACCAAAUAGAGAUUGUGCCAUAUGAUCGAUCCAACGUCUGUGUUGUGUGUCAGGCGUCCACUUACUCGGCAAUUGAGGACACACAGGACGCGCAGUACCAGUAAGCAAACAACACCAACAGGCAGUGGGAGAGCGACAGAGGCCUAUGGGAUUGUCCAGGCUGCUGCGCAUUCGCGUGUUGAAUGAAUACCUCACAAUGCCGCCGCACGAGCGGCUGCCGCCACCAUUCAACCUCAUCGGUCAGCAGCUUACCAACCGCAUCGUUUUAAAAGUGCUCGACUCACUCAUGUCUCCAUUGACUUUGCAGCUUUUCUUCUGUCGGCCCCCUUGCCGUAUCUCGCCUCUCUCAUCAGCGCAGAUCGGCGUCAGCAGUCGACAAUGUGCCGCAUUGCCUUUUGGUGCAUGGUGGCUCUGUAUGCCACCAUCGACGGGCUCCUCUUUACCGUGGCAUUCACACCCACAUUCAUCCUCUCGGCUCUAGAGCGGCUGCCACACGUGCUGCAGGAGAAAGCCUAUGGAUCGGAUGCCCCCUGGGCCUGCCUCUUCCAGCGUGCAGAAUGGCUUUGGCAGCGGCUGUGGAACGCCAUUGUGCUCACCCUUCUCACGCCACUCAGCAUACUCCGCUUCUUCAUGCUCUUUGUAGAGAUGGAGCGUCUAUCAGUAAGGCACCGAACGAGGAAAGACGCCAUGUCAAAUCCAUUCUGCUGUCAUUUUGCUGUCGAAUUAAGGCCGCGAACUCAUCAUCCUUUCGUCUUCCAGAGGUGCAUAUUGCGACGGAGAGCAUCGACGAGUGGAUCAGGGCGGCAGAUUCCCACAACGCGACUUCGCCUGACAUCAUGGCGGGUGAGAGAAUACUGAGACACACACAGACAAAUCAGCCACUAUCUGUCCCGUAUGGCAGUGUUGCAAGUGAUGGAUAAACGGCAGAUGGAAAUGGACGACCGACUGAAGGAAAUCGGUGAGCGACAGAUGCGGAUGGAUGACCGGUUGACGGAGAUGGAGACACAGAUCAAGCGGAAGAUACAGUGAGAUGGAUGGAUGGGCAGAGAGACAGACAGGAGUCGACGAUGUCUGGGAGACACCGAAUCGCAAUGCUCAUGCGCUGACUGAACCAUUAAAGAAGUCGGCACCGACUGACGACUACCGAG